UUGGGCAGGAGAAGAAAGAGCAGGGAACUGGGAACGUGCAAAGCAGAGAUCGCUGUGCCAGGAUAAGGUGUUGGGGUAUGAGGGUGAGUGGGGGCCUGCGGGGUGGCUUGGAGCCCUGGCGGUGGCUGCCUGACGUCACCCGCCUCUCUGGCAAUAGGCUGGGAGCUGAGCUCCCUGAAGCAGCAGCGAAGGCAGCUGCGGCGGCAGCGCGGCUUGGUCUCUGGCCCCUUCACCCAUUGCCUUCUGCAGCCGCUACCACUACCGCAGCCGCGCAGCGGGGUCUCCCUCCCUACAGCCCGCUGGUGGCUCCAGCUCUGCUUUUGCAAAGGAAAAGGGCUCCCGGAGACCGGUUCGAGGCGAGACUGAAGAUCUCCCCAGCCUCACUGGCUCCCUGGCCCUCUCGAUUGCCGGCAGUCGCUUCCUUGGUCCUUGGCUGGCGUGCGCGCUCCCUCCUGUGCAGGAAGUAGUUUCCAGCGCCGUGGGCUCUGUCCUCUUCUUGGCUGGUGGGAACGGUGUGUCGGAGAGAGGAAGCCUGGUGGGCCCGGCCCCUCCCAGCCCAGCGCCGAUGAGUGCCCGGGCACCGAAGGAGCUGAGGCUGGCGUUGCCGCCGUGUCUCCUCAAUCGGACCUUUGCUUCCCCCAACGACAGCGGCAGCGGUAACGCGGGUGCCCGCAGCCCCGGCGCAGGCGGUGGAGGUGGCAGCACCUGCAUCACGCAGGUGGGACAGCAGCUUUUCCAGUCCUUCUCUUCUACGCUGGUGCUGAUUGUCCUGGUCACUCUCAUCUUCUGCCUUAUCGUGCUGUCCCUCUCCACCUUCCACAUCCACAAGCGUAGGAUGAAGAAGAGGAAAAUGCAGAGGGCUCAGGAGGAAUACGAGAGGGAUCAUUGCAGCGGCAGCCGUGGUGGAGGGGGGCUGCCCCGGGCUGGUAGUCAGGUUCCAACUCAAGGAAAAGAAACCCGGCUGGAGAGGCAGCCCAGGGACUCCACCUUCAGCGCCCCCUGCAACACCACUUCCUCCUCCUCCUCUUCAUCCCCUGGGCUUCCUUUCCAGGGUCCCUGUGCUCCUCCGCCGCCUCCACAAUCAGCGCCCUGUCCACAAGGGGCAAAUGCAACCUCCUCUUCUUUGGACACAGCUGGCGAGGGCCUUUUGCAAACGGUGGUACUGUCCUGAUUGUGUAGCUCCUCUCCUCAGCCCUUUCUUGUUUCUAGCAUCUUUGCCAUCCUCGCUGUUCUUCCUUCUGCCCUCCUUUUCCGUUGUCCUCUGGCUCUUCUUUCCUUUCUUCUUUCCUUAUCUCCCCACCCCCUCCACUCUGUUUCUCCUCCGCCGAGGCACUGUGCGGUAUUUGUAAAUAUUGGGCAAGAAAAGUCUCGGAAGAAGAAAUAGUGCUGAUAAUACUUUGUUGAUAUUUAUAGUAAUUAUUAUAAUGCUAAUAACACAAUCCAAGCGCAUGACAAAUCACAUACUUUCUCAUUUUCAAUGAAGGAUGCAUCUUCCCUCUUCAUCAUAUAUCCCCCUCAGUAAGGAGGAAAAACUGCACAAGCUACCAAAUAAGAGGCAUUGAAACCUGGUGCAAAAGGAAGGGAGGGGGCCGCGUUGUACAUAGCUGUCAAGUUAAGGCACCCCCUCAGCUUGCAUUUUUCCUUUAGCUUCUCUCUCUUCCCCUUUUCCCACUCUCAGCUGGGCUCGGGCAUACUAUACUACAAAAAAAAUUCUACAUUAAGCGGCAAGACUACAAGAGGCCACAGAGAAAAUCCCAGAAAAAUAUUUAGGAUAGGUACUGCUCUCCAUUAUUUUUUCCAGAAUUCGGCAUUUUUGCUUAGUAAAUAUCUCUCACUGGCCGAACAUAAUAAAUACAUUUGAAUCUAUAAAUUAGUUUUAAAAAGAAAAAGAGCCUACUGCUUUCCCUUCCCUGCCCAACCCACUUGUCCAUCUUUUGACUUGUGGCAGUUUCAGGAGUCUGAGGGCCCGAGAGCUGUCCGGCAAGGUCUGGUGCUGAAAUCGCCUGGGUCAUGGUUACAGUACUUCCUCUGAUUAUGAUGGUGGAGGAGGGGCUGUUUUGGAAAGUGACUCUACUGGCUUUCCCCCACUUCUUUUUCUACAGUUAGGUUAGCGUGUACUAUUGGUUUUCUUAUUAAAUGUUGCAUAAGUUACCCUUUUUGUAAAAAAAAAAAAAGUUAUUAGUUGAUGUACAGUACUGAAAGUACACUAUCUAACCAACCAGGAUGUUUCUGUUUUAUUUUUAGAAUGAAUGCACUUUUAUUAUAUACUUAUUAUAUCAGUACCAAAUACAGAAGAAAACUAAUUCUGUACUAAGUCAUCCAAACUGUAUAUUCUUGUUUUUACUUUCCAGAUGUUGAUAUAAUGAUUACCACUGAAUGAGGAACUCAGUGGUGUAGGCCUGGCUUCUGCUGUUUCUAGAAGUGUUCUUUUGUACCUUACCUGUAGUAGACUGUUAUAAAAAGAUGACACACAUGUUUUCCUUCUUAUUUUGCGAGUAACAGAACAACCACAACAACAGAAGACAAACAAAUAAUGGAUGUGCAGGAAUGCCAUCUAUUAAAAUGUGAUUAAUAUUUAAACAGUGCCUGUAGUUCUCCCUGCAUGCAGUUAAGUUAACACCUGGAGGCAGUGGUGUGUGUGCUUGCUUGUACUGUAUGUGUUUGGGGGCAAAACUGGUGGGGUAUUGGGCAAUUGGGAUGACAGGACAUGCAAAUUUUAAGAGAAUGAAAUCAGCAAAUACUUAUGGGAUAAAAAUAUUUACAGUUUGUUCAGUUAAAAAAAUCUGUGCUCAUGUCUGAGGUACAGCAAAGAUGGGCUCUCUUCUUUAAUACUCUGGCAAGGAUAAUUUCUCUGAAUAUAUGAAAAAGUAUUGAGGACAGAUCUAUUUUGAUCUGUCUCCUGAUGCCAGACAAGCCCAUCUCUUUUAGAAGUGGAGUCUGCCUAUGAUUAUUUAGCACUUUGUUGCCCUUCGAUUGAUGAUAGAAGGGGCCAGAAGCAUAUUAAAAUCUCAAGUAUAGGCAGUGGUAUUCCUUCUUGGGAACCAAUUCUUUGACAGCUAUUGAAAUAUUUGUAAAAUGUAUGAAUGAGAAUGGUUUACAAAAAGCUUAACCAAAAGAAUAUUUAUAAUGUUUCUGGGUGCAGGGCAGCAAUGGCACUAAAGUGCACCCCUCUUUCAAGUAACUAGUGGUUCUAGAUUUGCUGUCUUGGUUCCAGGCAUAUAUGUUUUUAUCCAGAAAAAAUAUCAACUGUACUAUUUUUGGUCAUCUUGGCUCAAGUUCAGUCUGCAUCUUUUAUAAGAAUUUUAAGCUUAACUUUAACCACCCAUUAGUCAGUCAUACUCUUUCCUGAAGCACAGAUCAUCAUUAAAACACCCUAUGUUGUAAUAUCAGGAAGACCAGGUAUAGUCUUUGGAUACAAAAUAUUAAACAAUGAACCAGAUUCUCUCCAGUGCCUUAGUCACUUCUUAAUAAGUAAAACAGUACAUUAACUCCCUCAAGCCACUAGGGAAUCUGUUAGUGCAUAAGAGCUCUACAUUGUACAUCAGAAUGACUAAGGCACUGUGAAGAGGAAAGUUCAUUAAUUUUUGUACCUUACCAAUAUCCAGCUUUGAUUCUUUAAUACCUUAUUAUAAAAUGACUUUUGGACUUGGAUGUAGGAUAGAAUCAAGAACCCAAAAGGGAGCAUCCUCAUUUCUCAUGAGCUCUACUAAAAUAUAUGGAAAUUAAUUUUACCCCUUAUUUGGUGCACUUUUCACAGUGAAUAAUUUCCCAUUUUAUUAAAGCAAUAAGAUAUUCAGUUGUGAGCUGUAUUAGAUGAUGAUUCUAUUUCCUCGGUGCUGAAGCUACUCAUAUGUUCUUGCCUUAUGAAUUAUAGUACAUUCAAGGCAUGCAAUAAUAAUCUCCUUCCAAGGAAGAGCCUGUACGCCCUGGAGGAUAUUGUCCUAUAUAGUGUUUUCCAAAUGAAUAGAAGAAGCAAGAGACUUAAAAGAAUAGUGUAUAUUAUUUAAAAAUCUUUGUUUAAAAAAAUUGAUUUCUCCAUCAAUUUACUAUGGUUUAAUAUUUUUAAUACUGUCCUCUGAGAAGAUAAUACAGGUUUUAAUCAAAUUUCUUAUUAGCUUUAAUAUACUCAGAACCUUAGGUUUCUGGUGGUGUCACAUGAGAUUUUAAUGAGAUAGAGAAUUACAUGAAAUUUUAGUAAGCCAGUCCCCACACCAAUUUAUUGCAAUAAGCACAUAUCCAGGCAGUUUAUAUAAACUCUGUAUAAAACACUGCUUUUUGUAGAGCUCAGUUGACAGUCCCAGGAGUUUGGGAUGCUACCAACAGGGAAUUUCAGUCUUUGUUUAUAUGAAGCAAAAGGCACUCUGGAAAUAGCUAAAUUUAAGGAUUUUAUUCACUGAUGUCCCGUCAAACUAAUUGCUUCGGACCCCUAUAGCUAUAGCUCAACUUCUGCUCUUGCUAUUCAGUAUUAAUAAGGUGGCAUGCUUGAUUCUUAUUGUUUUGAAAAAUGAGAAAAUUGGAGAGAGAAUGCCAUUUAUGUAAACUGUAUGGGACUCUGAAUCUUAAAGGUGUAGAUGGAUAUAAUCUUUAGAAUUUAUAUACACCCAUAGAUACGUAUUUAUAUAUGCAUACAUUUUGUACAAAUUUACAAUGGACUUUUUGUAUUCUCUUUUCUGUCAUUACAAGAAUGAGAUGGAAACCAAAUAGCUGUUCCAUUCUCUUAUCCAGAGAGGAUACUGAGAAGUCAGGUAUAUGCAUGCAAUUGUUUCUCUGCGGUGAAAUCUGAAUGACUUUCCUUAUUUAAUGAAAGGGGAAAGAGUCUUAUUUGACUUUGGAAAUUGGUAAUUAGAUAAGCUUUCUUUCUUAUGCUAGUAACUCAAAUGUAGCAAUGAUAAUAAAGUUCUGACCAUAUCAAUGUGGUCCAAGUAUCUAGAUGGAAUGAAAAAAUAUCCAGAAGAGAGUUAGGGCCAUCUAGACCACAAACCUGGACUAUGGUUCAAUUUUUCACUUAAAAAUUAUUAUGUCGUGUAAGUACAAUUUAUAUCUAUCUACAUAGGUAAAGGUAAAGUGAAAAUAUGACCAUUAAUUUUUAGUCUGAUAAGUACUUUUUGGAAAAUAUGGACAAAGUCGCUUUAAAAGUUAUUUGGCAUCUGAAUUUUCCAUUUCUAUAUGUAUAAAUUGAAUUUGGUAUUGGUUAAAAGUUUAUUUUUCCAAUAUGUACACAUAUCCUGUAAAUGCUUUGAUGUGGAUGACAGA